CGCCGGGAGGGGCCGGGCCGCCCCGGCCUGAGCCCGGGUCACCGCUAGCCGAGGGCGCCCGGUUCUUCUGCACCGCAGGCCGCGGCCUGGAGCCGUUCUUGAUGCGAGAGGUGCGGGCGCGGGUGGCGGCCACGCAGGUUGAAUAUGUUUCAGGAAAGGUUUUUUUCACCACCUGUUCUGAUUUGAGUAUGCUGAAGAAGUUAAAAUCUGCAGAAAGAUUAUUUUUGCUGAUUAAAAAACAGUUUCCACUUACUGUUUCUUCUGCAGGAAAAAUGCUUAAUGAAAUGCAAGGACUUAUAAAUGAUGAUCCAGGCAGUUGGUUGAAUGCCAUUUCACUUUGGAAAAGCCUUCUUGAACUUGAUGCAAAAAAUGAAAAACUUUCUCAAGGAAGUUCUCACCCACUAAAAAGAAAAGUGGAAGAGAAUGAAACGAUCAUUGCUAAGAAAUUUAAAACAGAGCAAAUGCAAGAGAUAAAAGAGAACAAGGACUGCCACCCGGGAAAACGAAUAGGAGAAGAAACACUGCAGCAAGAAGAUUUUAUCACUAAAACAGAAAAUUUUCAAGAAGAAGAGUUUCGGAACGAUGUCGAGAAAGCAAUUGUUGGUCAUAACCAGAAAGACUUGACUUUCAGAGUGUCUUGUCGCUGCAGUGGGGCUGUUGGAAAGACCUUUACUGCACAGGAAGUGGGAAGAGUAAUUGGAAUUGCUCUUAUGAAACAGUUUGGGUGGAAAGCAGAUUUGAGGAAUCCAGAUUUAGAGAUCUUUAUACAUCUAAAUGACAUUUACUCUGUGGUGGGGAUUCCUUUUUUCAGGGUUCCUUUAGCCAACAGAGCUUAUAUCCAGACAGCAGGGCUGCGAUCAACCAUAGCGUGGGCAAUGGCGUCUCUCGCUGAAAUUCAAGCUGGAGCACUCGUUUUAGAUCCAAUGUGUGGGCUUGGAACAAUACUUCUGGAAGCUGCUAAAGAAUGGCCAGAUGUGUAUUAUGUAGGUGCUGAUGUCAGUGACUCGCAGUUACUAGGGGCAUGUGAGAAUCUGAAAGCUGCAGGCCUUGAGGAUAGAAUUGAACUCCUUAAAGCCUCUGUUAUAGAAUUGCCAUUGCCUUCAGAAAGUGUCAAUAUUAUUAUUUCUGACAUUCCAUUUGGGAAGAAGUUUAAGUUAGGAAAAGACAUCAAAAGCAUUUUACAAGAAAUGGAAAGAGUGCUUCGCAUUGAUGGAGCUGUUGUUUUGUUACUCAGCGAAGAUCACCACAGGCGCCUUAAAGAUUGUGAAGAGAGCGGCAUCCGUUUGAAUUCUAAGAGCAGCCACCCCGACGAACCUGGAAUUAAAAAGUGCUUAAAUCCUGAGGGAAAAAAUGGCACAUCAGAGACGGUGUCUUCUUCAAUUCAAGCCAGUAACCAGGAGGGCUUAGACAAAAUGUCACCAUUUGGCUCUUUGGUGCCAGUGGAAUGCUACAAAGUUAGCCUUGGAAAAACAGACGCAUUUAUAUCUAAAUAUAGGAAGUCACACUCUUCUGGAUUAUAGCAGUCUCACUACUGUAGACCAGGUUCAAGUCCAUAUGUCUUAGCUGUAGUGCAGUAGAAGAUGUUGUCUCUAGGAUUCCCCACAGUGCCAGAGUUCCAAGUAAAGAAAUUUCCUUUAUAAAGGCAGGAAGUGUGGUUGCUGGACACAGGUUCUUAGUAAGACAAUUUCUCCUUUAUAAUCCAAAGGAAUUGAUGUUUCUGACAAAGAGCAGGUAAUGAAUAUUUAAGCUAAAAGACUGAAGUUUUUUGUCAGAGUGUAAAAAGAUCCAUUCUGCUGUGCAUUGUUUCUGAGCAGAAGCUUCAACUUUAAAGCAAAAGCUUUCAUGAGUUCACAUAAAAUGUAUUACAGUCAACACAAGGUUGGUUAUAAUCUUUUAACUACCAAUUUUUUAGAAAAGUAGGAACCUUUGUGUAUAAAUUCUUUUGAUAUUAAACUAGAUUUUUUAAACCUAUGAUGAUGUUCUCCAUUGGAAUGAAAAUAGUUUUUACUUGCAAUACAUUUUUUAUGUCCCAUGUAUAUACAACAUCAGUGGGAAUAAUAACAAUAUGAAUUAAGCCAAUAUCCUUCAACGUGAUGGAAAAUAAAGUCUCCUUAUUUUCUAAGAACAUUACUAAAUCAUAGUCUCACUCUUAUGGGAAUUAAAGUAGUGUUCACUACUUGAGAAGAAGAAACAGCAAGCUGGUGAAAAUAUAUCUUCGAAUUUAGUUUAUUUUUUUAAUAGCCUGAUAUAGUGACUCACCUUUUAAACUGCUUUAGUAUCACUUGAACAGCCUUCCUAAAAUUUCUCACCUUGUGAGUCCCAUCUGCCCAAAGUAGAAGCCAACUAGAACUCUGAGUCAGAGAUUGAUACCCCUGUACCUGUGAUACUCUGAAGGGGUAAAGACCACAGACUCUUAAAAAUGUGAAUGUGAUAUUGGUUGUCUGACCUGGCUGAGCUAAAGGUGGAGAGGAUGCAGCUAGUAUUAGAGGAAGCUUACAGCAAUGAUGAAACAAUUCAUUACCCUUGUGCUUCCCUACUGCUAUAGAAAAUAUCAAGAACCUGAAGAAUACAGGCACUAUGGUGUAGGCCAUCUGCUUUACAGAACUUGACAGCUUAACGAAAAAGAGCAAGGUUCCUAAUUUCUUGGGUUAAGGCAGUGGUUCUCAACUGGAGGUGAUUUUGCUUCCCAGGGGACAUUUGGCAAUGUCUUCAGAUAUUUUUGGUUGUCAAAACUUGGGGAGAUGCUACUGGUAUCAUAUGUAGAGAGAGAUUUAUUUCAAGGAAAUAGCUCACACAAUUAUGGAGGCUGGCAAGUCCCAAAUCCGUGGGUCAGGUGGCAGGCUGGAGGUUUGUUCUGACGUACAUGGUUGAAGGGGUUGACAAACCCAAAAUCUGCAGGUCAGGCAGCAGGCUGAAGGUUUCUUACAUCCCAGGAACUGGAGGUUAGAGGAUGACAAGACAAAUGCAGGAUCAAGAGAGAGAGAGCUUGGCCAGGACAUUUGUAUCAUGGGUGUGAGCCACACCCCCCAAGGAAACUCCUCUUCCACCUGAUUGGCUGCUCACAUCAGAUCACAAAAUGGAAAAUGAGUACAUAGUGUCUGCCAAACCACUGAAAAUCAUAGCCUAGCCAAGUUGCUACAUAACAACCAUCACACUGCUAAAGCCCCUCAAAACAAAGAAUUAUCUAUCCCAAAAAGUCACCAGUGCCAAAGUUGCAAAGCCUUGGUUUAAGGCAUGGUAGGAGGUGGCCGGAAUUACGACUAUUCUAAGAGAACCUCUCACCUCUGGUAGCCACAGGACUGAGGUAGCUGAAAAGCAGACUCGCAGUUUGAUCCUAUAGGAUGCUGUUACAGAUUGAAUUAUGUCCCUCCAAAAGACAUGCUGAAGUCCUAACCCCUGUACUUAGGAGUGUGGCCUUGUUUGAAAAUAGCGUUUUUCUUUUUUUUAUUGGCUAAAGUAAUCGACUCAAUGGCACACGACAACCACAUACUGGAGUAGGGUCGGUCCUAAUCUUACUCCCUUCUGAGUGGUGGCUUAUAAUAGGAGAGAACAGACACUGAACCAGAGUCACAGACAAGAAGACGACGGAUACCACGGGAUGAAGGAGGCAACUACUUCUAUAAGGAGCCAAAGAUUGCUGGCAGCAACCAGAAACUAAGAGACCCAGGAAAGGACCCACAUGGCCAAGACCGAUUAGAACUUCUAACCAUCAGAACUGUGAGAAAAUAAAUUUCUGUUCUUUAGAGCCACCCACUUUGUGGUAUUUUAGUAUGGCAGCUCUAGGUUACUGAGACAGAUGAUGAAUCCUAUCAGUUGAAAUUACAGCCUAACAGGUCUCCUAGGUGCAAAUUCUUGGAGACACAGGGAAGGAUUCAUUCAGAUGACACAGAACACCUCAGACCCCACUGAGCCUCCUUGGCCAGCAGAAGCAGCUCCUGCUCCCUUGCUGCUGAGCCUGUUGUGUGACUUGAAGACCCUGAGGUUAAGCUAGCAUUACCUUCCAAGUGGUGACCAGUUUUCCUCAUGCCCUCUCCCUGCUACCUCUUACUGCUUCUAGGAACAUAACUAACGUCAACCUAGCAGGCCUCGGAGCUGGGGAGAAAAGGGCUGGCAAAUUAGAAGAAUUCCAAACAUUGCUAAUGUAUGUGACAUAAUGCUAAAGAAUAUGAGAGAAUGGAUUCUGUCACACUAGAGAGAGACAAAUAGGAUUUUCAGUCAAACUGGACUCAUUGACACGGGUACACUUAGCAACGGUUCUGGAUUUAAUUUAUGUAUUACCUAGGGCUACUGUAACAAAUUACCACAAGCAAAUGGCUUAAAACAAAAAUUUAUUUUCUCACAGCUCUGGAAGCUAGCAGUCCAAAAUCAAGGUGUCAGUAGGGCUGUGCUGUCUCCAAAGAUUCUAAAAGAGAACGUGUUUCAUGUCUUUUUCUUCUGGUGUUGCUACCAGUCCUUGGCAUUCCUUGGUUUGUAGAUGCAUCCCUCCAAUCCCUGCCUCCACCAUCACGUGGUGUUCUCCUUGUGUGUCUCUGUCCGUAUCUCUCCUUAUAAGGACACUACUCAUAGUCGACUUAAGGCCCACCUACACAACUAUGACCUCACCUUAACUAAUUACCUCCGUAAAGACCCCAUUUCAAAAUAAGGUCACAUUCCCAGGUUCCAGGUGGACAUUAGUUUGGUGAGGAGGGGGUGUGAACUACUCGACCCCGUACAGAAGUAGGACGAACAGCUGGGAAAGGUUCUAAUAGUUUGAUGAGGCAGUUAACUGAAACCUCCACUCAAUGGGGGCUCACACUAAAUAAAGUUGAAGUCCCGGAAGUUUGUAGAUAAAAUAGAGGGGAAGAAAUCCAAAGACUUAGGGAGGUAGCAGUAUUGGAAUGGACUUAUGAUGGCUGAUUCACCCUCUAACUAUGUCCCUGUCAAAGGCCCAAAGGACAUUGUCUUCACCACAUCAUUGAGAAACGUAUUGGUGGAGCAGGAGGGCCAGCUCUGAGUGGCUGGAGUCUAUGGGGUGGAGAUACAGGUUGUUAUUAGGUGCCAUCUAGUUGGUUCCGACUCAUAGCGACCCUAUGCACAACAGAACGAAACACUGCCCAGUCCUGUGCCAUCCUUACAAUUGUUAUGCUUGAGCUCAUUGUUGCAGCCACUGUGUCAAUCCACCUCGUUGAUGGUCUUCCUCUUUUCUGCUGACCCUCUACUCUGCCAAGCAUGAUGUCCUUCUCCAGGGACUGAUCCCUCCUGACAACGUGUCCAAAGUAUGUAAGACGCAGUCUCGCCGUCCUUGCUUCUAAGGAGCAUUCUGGUUGUACUUCUUCUAAGACACAUUUGUUCGUUCCUUUGACAGUCCAUGGGAUAUUCAAUAUUCUUUGCCAACACCACAAUUCAAAGCCGUCAACUCUUCUUCGGUCUUCCUUAUUCAUUGUCCAGCUUUCAGAUGCAUAUGAUGCAAUUGAAAAUACCAUGGCUUGGGUCAGGUGCACCUUAGACUUCAGGGUGACAUCUUUGUUCUUCAACACUUUGAAGAGGUCCUUUGCAGCUGAUUUGCCCAGUGCAAUGCGUCUUUUGAUUUCUUGACUGCUGCUUCCAUGGCUGUUGAUUGUGGAUCCAAGUAAAAUGAAAUCCUUGACAAGUUCAGUCUUUUCUCUGUUUAUCAUGAUGUUGCUCAUUGGUCCAGUUGUGAGGAUUUUUGUUUUCUUUAUGUUGAGGUGUAAUCCAUACUGAAGGCCGUGGUCUUUGAUCUUCAUUAGCAAGUGCUUCAAGUCCUCUUCACUUUCAGCAAACAAGGUUGUGUCAUCUGCAUAAUGCAGGUUGUUAAUGAGUCUUCCUCCAAUCUCGAUGCCCCGUUCUUCUUUAUAUAUUUCAGCUUCUCGGAUUAUUUGUUUAGCAUACAGGUUGAAUACGUGUGGUGAAAGAAUACAACCCUGACACACACCUUUCCUGACUUUAAACCAAUCAGUAUCCACUUGUUCUGCACGAACAACUCCCUCUUGAUCUAUGUAAAGGUUCCUCAUGAGCACAUUUAAGUGUUCCGGAAUUCCCAUUCUUCGCAGUGUUAUCCAUAGUUUGUUAUGAUCCACACAGUCAAAUGCCUUUGCAUAAUCAAUAAAACACAAGUAAACAUCCUUCUGGUAUUCUCUGUUUUCAGCCAGGAUCCAUCUGACAUCAGCAAUGAUAUCCCUGGUUCCACGUCCUCUUCUGAAACUGGCCUGAAUUUCUGGCAGUUCCCUGUCCAUACACUGCUGCAGCCGUUUUUGAAUGAUCUUCAGCAGAAUUUUGCUUGCGUG